AUGACUGUGGCGGUGGGGCUGGUGGAACAACUCUCUUUCCUGUGCCUUGGCAUGCCCAGCAGCUUCAUCCUUUCUUGUUGCCCUCCUUUGCAGGCCCAGAAGAAUGAGCGGGAGUCCAUCAGGCAGAAGUUGGCUCUGGGCAGUUUCUUCGACGAUGGCCCAGGACUGUACACCAGCUGCAGCAAGAGCGGCAAGCCCAGCCUCUCCUCAAGAUUACAAAGUGGGAUGAACCUGCAGAUUUGCUUUGUGAAUGACAGUGGCAGCGACAAGGACAGUGACGCUGAUGACAGCAAGACAGAAACCAGCCUGGACACACCGUUGUCACCUAUGAGCAAGCAGAGCUCGUCCUACUCCGACAGAGACACGACAGAGGAAGAGUCAGAGUCCCUUGACGACAUGGAUUUCCUCACCAGGCAAAAGAAACUCCAAGCAGAAGCCAAGAUGGCCUUGGCUAUGGCAAAGCCUAUGGCCAAAAUGCAGGUGGAGGUGGAAAAGCAGAACAGGAAGAAAUCGCCAGUAGCAGAUCUUCUGCCACAUAUGCCUCAUAUAAGUGAAUGCCUGAUGAAAAGAAGUUUAAAACCCACUGAUCUAAGAGACAUGACUAUUGGGCAGCUACAAGUGAUAGUCAAUGAUCUUCACUCACAGAUAGAAAGCUUGAACGAGGAGCUGGUGCAGCUGCUGCUGAUCCGGGACGAGCUGCACACGGAGCAGGAUGCCAUGCUGGUGGACAUCGAGGAUCUCACCAGACACGCUGAGAGCCAGCAGAAGCACAUGGCAGAGAAGAUGCCAGCAAAAUGA